CUUUGGAGGAGGAGUGCUGCAUGGCUGGAGGUCCCCUUCAUCAGCCGGAAUGAUGAAGUCCUCUUUACAUUCAGAAGAAGAUGACUUCGUGCCAGAGCUUCAGAGAAGCAUCCAUCCCCGAGAGAGGCCGGACUGGGAGGAGACCCUCAGCGCUAUGGCACGUGGUGCAGAUAUCCCUGACAUCACAGGGGAGUUACCGCUCCGGACCUGCGGCAGCACAGCAAGUAUGAAAGUGAAGAAUGUGAAAAAAUACAUCAACCCGGGACUGAUGGGCUGUGAUGCCUUUCACAGGUUAUCCUUUACAAAGGGUCAUUUCCCGAAGAUGGCUGAAUGUGCACAUUUCCAUUAUGAAAACGUGGACUUUGGCAACAUACAGCUUUCGCUCCCAGAAGAACAGAGCGAAGUGAUGAGGAACGGCUGUGAAUCCAAGGAACUUGUCUACCUUGUCCAGAUCUCUUGCCAGGGGAAGAGUUGGAUCGUGAAGCGCAGCUACGAGGAUUUCCGUGUUCUCGACAAGCAUCUCCACCUCUGCAUUUAUGAUCGGCGUUUCUCCCAGCUCGCAGAGCUGCCCCGCUCCGACGUGCUGAGGGACAGCCCAGAGCUUGUCACCCACACGCUGAUGGCUUACCUGUCCCGUCUCUCGGCCAUCGCAUGCAAUAAGAUCAACUGUGGGCCUGCCCUGACAUGGAUGGAGAUUGAUAACAAGGGGAACCACCUGCUGGUCCAUGAGGAGUCAUCUAUUAACAUUCCAGCUAUUGCUGCUGCCCAUGUUAUUAAGAGAUACAUUGCCCAGGCACCGGAUGAGCUCUCCUUUGAGGUGGGAGACAUUGUGUCUGUUAUUGAUAUGCCACCAAAGGAGUUGACCACCUGGUGGAGGGGCAAGCACGGAUUUCAGGUUGGAUUUUUCCCUAGUGAGUGUGUUGAACUAAUUAACGACAAAGUUCCUCAGUCUGUCACCAAUUCGGUGCCAAAGCCAGUGUCAAAGAAACACGGCAAGCUCAUCACCUUCCUUCGUUCCUUCAUGAAGUCCCGCCCAACCAAACAGAAACUGAAACAGAGGGGGAUCCUGAAGGAAAGGGUGUUCGGCUGUGACCUGGGAGAGCAUCUGCUCAACUCUGGCCAGGAUGUCCCCCAGGUCCUCAAGAGCUGCACUGAAUUCAUUGAGAAGCAUGGCAUUGUGGAUGGGAUAUACCGCCUGUCCGGCGUCGCGUCCAACAUCCAGAAACUGCGCCAUGAGUUUGACUCCGAGCAGAUUCCUGACCUAACCAAGGACAAUUAUAUCCAUGACAUUCACAGCGUGAGCUCCCUCUGCAAAAUGUACUUCAGGGAGCUCCCGAACCCUCUGCUGACCUACCAACUCUACGAGAAGUUCUCAGAUGCUGUUUCUGCUGCUACAGACGAGGAGCGGUUGGUGAGAAUCCACGAUGUCAUCCAGCAGCUGCCCCCACCUCACUACAGGACACUGGAAUACCUAAUGAGACACUUAGCUCGUUUAGCUGAUUACUGCACCAUCACAAAUAUGCACGCGAAGAACUUAGCGAUUGUUUGGGCUCCAAACCUUUUAAGAUCAAAGCAGAUUGAGUCUGCCUGCUUCAGUGGAACAGCUGCCUUCAUGGAGGUGCGGAUCCAGUCAGUCGUUGUGGAAUUCAUCUUGAACCACACAGACGUCCUCUUCAGCUCCAAAUUCAGCUCAGUCAUACGAGAUGGAGCAGGACACAGUUCUUUAUCACGACCCAAGUCUCUGUUGGUGUCUUCUCCCUCCACAAAGCUGCUCACGCUGGAGGAGGCACAGGCACGGACACAAGGCCAGAUCAACUCCCCCAUGGUGACAGACAAUAGAUACAUUGAAGUGGGAGAAGGACCUGCAGCUUUACAAGGGAAAUUCCACACGGUCAUUGACUUUCCAUCAGAAAGAAAAAGACCGCCCAGUAAGAUGAAGAAAUCGCCUGUUGGCAGCUGGCGUUCCUUCUUCAACCUGGGAAAGUCAUCCUCUGUGUCCAAACGCAAACUGCAGCGCAACCCCAGCGAGCCCUCGGAGAUGAAAGUCAUAGCCCUGGCAGGGGGACGAGGAGACAGCGGGACUCUUCGCUCAGCUAAAAGCGAAGAAUCACUUACCUCUCUGCACGCCGUUGAUGGUGAAUCUAACCGGUUUCGACCCAGAAGACCCAGAUCCAGUAGUGAUGCACUGUCUGCUUCCUUCAAUGGAGAGCUCUUAGGAAGCAUGAAUCGCUGCAAUUCUUAUGACAACCUUCCACAUGACAACAGUGAUGGGGAUAAGGAGCUCAUCCACGUUCCUGCCCUCAUUUCUCCUCGCUCUGCCGAAGAUGUUGACCUGAGCCCACCAGAUAUUGGCGUUGCUAGCCUGGAUUUUGACCCAAUGUCUUUUCAGUGCAGCCCACCCCAAACGGAGUCUGAUUGCCCAGACAGCAGCACCUCCAUGCUGGAGUCCAUCGGCAUCAGUAAGGAGAAGCCGAGCCUCUUGAAGAAGGACUUAGAAUCAGGCAGCCAGUCCCAGACACCGGGCAGCGCCACGAGCUCUGAGCCAGUCUCUCCAUUCCAAGAGAAGAUGAGUCCCUUCUUUACUCUGGACCUGAGCCCGACCGAAGAGAAGACCUUCAAACCCAGCGACACCUCGCCCCAGAUGGGGAAAAAGCCCAUCAAAUCUCCACCGCUGACCACAUCAGAACCUGUCUCCUUUGCACUGCCCAGCUGCACGUCAGAAUCAAUUGGGGGGAUGCUCAUCACAACCAGAAACUCUUCCACUUCCAACUGGAGCGAAGAGAUUGGUAUCGCUGAAAUCACAAACAGGUUCCCAACCCAGAUGUCUUUACCUCUGAAAGAAACUGAAAGAGCAGCAGAGGAGGAAGCCCAUCAAGAGCUAAAGCAUGCCCAGAUAGUGGCUGCUGGCAAACCAGAGUUGCCAGACGAAGGGGAGAGACCAAUGUCAAGCAGUCAGAAUAAGACUGUACCCAGUGGACACGCACAGCCAGGAGCAGUUGCCCUCGACUCCCCCCAGGAUCCUGUUCCUGUCAGUUCUGUGUCUCUUAUCCCUCCUCCUCCUCCGAAAAACGCAGCGCGCAUGCUAGCCCUAGCGUUAGCUGAGUCUGCACAGCAAGCAUCUGCUCAGUCUCAGAAAAAGCCAGGAGAUGCCCACUCUGAAAGCACCACUUAUGGAGAAACUGAAGCUGCUACAGCUCUGGAAAAGCUCCAUCUCUCUGCUGGAGCUCCAGACAAGCUUCACCUGUAUACUGAUCUGCCUGAGAACCAGCUUCACUUCCAGACUAGUGCACCAGUUGAGCAGGAUUUUCAAGCUAGCAGCACAGCUCAGGAGCAGAACCACCCUCCAGGUGCACCUGGAAGUCAGGACCCCCAGCCUCUUCACACCAGCGUGCCUGGGGAUGUGCCUGCUAGAAGAGAUGCAGAGCAAGAGCAGCCCAGCUACCUUGCUGGUCAAAUGGAGAACAAAGAGCAGUUCCCAGCCCCUGCUGAGGACUGGGAGCAGACACGGCAGCACGCUCCAGGGGCACUGCCCGACUGGGAGCCACCUACAACCGACUUACCUAUGGAUAAGCCCCACGUUCAUGCAUGCACGUCUGGGGACAAGCAGCUCACUUCCACCUGUUCAGCUGAUGACAAACUUGAGACUCCUGUAACUGUUGGGGAGAAAAGCACCCCAGUCCCAGUGCCGUACCUGACAACCAUCCAGACAGCAGCAGCUGAGCCUAACCGUGCACCAACAUGUCAGCAUGCAGCUGGUCCAGCCCUAAUUCAGGCAGAUGGCACUGGCACUGCUGCACAGCGCACACCCACAGGCAGCCAGCCCACCCCACCACAGAGGCAGGAUCACCAGUCUGCAGUGGGACAAGUGCCAGCGGCCUCUGCAAAAGCAUCCAGCAAUUCCAGUCAGGUUUGGGGUGCAGCUGCACCUGAAAAACCACCCGAGCCUACUCCUGGUUUUGCCACAGAAAGCACUUCCAGCAGCCACCGCUCCUCCUCUGUGCCCAGCAGCCACCAGAGCCGUUUGGAAAAGCCACGGGAGGGUACGAGGGCUCCCCUGCUGCACCUGCGCUCCGAGUCAGUCCCUACUCACUCCUCCUAUGGCUUCACUCCACCUGUCCCACCCGUGAGAACCCUGGAGAGCAAAAUAGCUGCCGCCAUGCACUCCAACAACACUGACGCGAUCAACAACUCCAACUACCACGCCUUCCUGGCUUCCUCCAUGCUGGCCUCCUCCGUAGAGGAAGUCCUGCUGCCUCCUCCAGCACCGCCACCACCACCGCUGCCGCCACCACCCCUCGCUCCACCGCCGCCCCCCAAGCACGCCUCCCUGCAGUCCAUGUAUGUGCCGCACCCCAAACCCGAGAGCAUCCUGGAGCCCUCUGGGCCAGACGUCUACCUGCACCACAAGCCGACCUCCAUCCACCAGUACCGACCUGAGAGCGUCCCUCCUCACGUGAGCUAUCACAGCAAGCCGGAUCAGCACCCAGCCUACCCUCCUCGAUCGGAGACGCCCACUUCUGUGAGUGCUCGCUACAACACCUACACAAACCAAGGGAGGAGCAGCUCUGUUGUCUACUCCAAACCUCGCAGUCGGAUGGAGUUCACAUCCUCCGUGAGCCCCACAGGUCUGCGGAACGCCACCUAUGCUGAGGACCCUCCACCCUACCCCACCAUCCGCAGGGUUCAGUCGCUGCACGUUCCCACUCCGGCCGCCUCUGCCAUCCGCUCCGUCCCCAUUUCGCGCACUGAGGUGCCUCCAGACGAUGAGCCACUGUUCUGCCCGCGGCCCCUCUACCAGUACAAGCCAUAUCAGCCUCACUCCGACUACCACGUCACUCAGCUGCAGCCUUACUUUGAGAACGGGAGGGUGCAUUACCGCUACAGCCCUUAUUCCAGCUCCUCUGGAUCUUCCUAUUACACCUCUGCCGAUGGGAACUUCUAUGACCUGGACCCCUACAGCACCAUGCGGGUCAGGCCUUUCCACCCGCUGCACAGCCGCGACUUCGCGUCCUACGAGGCACGGCUUCACAGCAAGGGCUUGCACCGCUACCCCGGCCUGUCUGCUUACCCACGGGGCGGCCUCAUCGGCCACCUGGCAGGCAAGGAGCACAGCUUCAUCAGCAGGGACGUGCCUCCUGCCCCGGACAUCAAGCACAUGUACAUGUCGUGGGACCUGGAGGACAUGGAGAAGUACCGCAUGCAGUCUAUUCGCCGCGAGAGCCGCACACGGCAGAAAGUGAAAGGGCCGCUGAUGUCGCAGUAUGACAACGUGACCCCGCUGCUGCCAGAGGACCCGGGAGGGCCGGAUAUCAUUCACUUGCGCAGCAAGUCAGACCCUGGGAAGAGUGGGCUACUCACUGUGGCGGAAGGGAAGGAGGGGAAGUACCCGGCCAAGGCAGCUACACCCGACGGGGAGGAACGUUACUACAUGCAGCACCCUGAGCCAGAGCUGGACAGAGCCCACUACCACGGCGCCUAUGGGAACGGGCAGCCGGAGAAGCCGUCCCUUCCCCAGAAGCAGAGCAGCAUCCGCAGCAGGAAGCUGCACGAGCCGACCUGCGGCGCCAGCGACCACCGGCCACACCUGCAGCAGGAACCGAGCCACAGGCAGCCUUCUGAACCCAAAAACGGACCUCCUUAUCCUGAUUACAGGCCCAAAGUCGCUGAGCCCGCUGAGCCAAUGGGCUACCAGCACUUGGGCAGGAAGUACAUCCUGGCAAACCAGGACACCAUGAGACUAAACCACAAGGAAGUGAGGCUGGCGGAGGACAGACCAGAUUUGGAAAGGUCCCGAGCCAGGCCCAGCACGUCCAUUGAGAAACACCCCAGAGAUGGCUACAAGGAAGAGGAGCACGCAGCCUCCCCCAUGGCACCGCCGCCUUCACCUGAACGGAGCCACAGCCUCAGGGUGCAGCACCGCGAGUCCGUGGAGAAGGACUCUGCCCUCUUCUACCCGUACCAAACCCUUGGGAAACGCCAAAGCACUAUGACUGUGAUGUCCCAGUAUGAUAACGUGGAAGAUUACCAUACCAUGCCUCAGCACCAAAGAGGGGGCUAUGCUGGAGAAGGGGGGUGUGUGCCCCCCGCUUUUACCCAUGUGCACAGUAGAAUUUACGCCACGGCCCUCGGCCAGGGGGCCUUCCUUCCCACAGAGCUGUGUUUGCAAAGGCCUGAAACAGAGGUCCAUGUUGAGUGAGCACACGGAGGUAAAAGAAAUAAUGGAAAUAAUUGAAAUAAUAGAGUUUUAAACAGCCUCUGCUGGACAGUGGACUGUUUUAUUUUUUCAGCGAUGGAAAAAAAAAUAAAUAAAAUAAAUUCCUGCCCCAAUGAGCAAAGCAAACCCACCUUCAGCCCCAUCCCUCCCAGCCCACCACUCACUGUUUUUAUGUAGUAGAGAUAUAGCUUUUUCAUGUCAUUUGAGACAACUGGAACGACAGGGCAGGCUGUUGGCGCACAGAUAUUGCCAGAGAGGACAGGCAGAGCUGAAAGAGAUGCUGCUGGGGUAGGGGAAAGGAAGUUUUUUCUUUCCUGGAUUUAACAUUGGCCGUUAUUACCACUUCCUCACCCUGCCUCCAUUAUCCCAUGCAUGACAGACUGUGCAUGCUGCUGUUUUUGUGAGCCCCAUGUGUUGCCUUUCCCACUGUUAGCUCCCAAGAAAGAUUCUCCAUGACGUGCAGGAACUGCUUCCCCUCCCUCUGAGGUUAUGCAGGAAGAGCAGGUGGAAAGCUGCUGGAGCAGGGGGAGACCUCCUGAACACUUUCAUCUUGAUCAAUGCCAAGGUCAAGCCUCUCCUUGAAAGAUUAUCGCUUAGGCAUAGCGGGUCUACUUCAACUGCUUUGCAGUGGAUGUGAGCCUAUUUUGACCUCAGCCUAGUGAAUAGGCUCUGAAGCAAAUCCAAAAUACAGCACACUUUCUAAAUUGCUUGCUUAACAAGUUGCUUCUGCCUACGUGAAAUCAAAUUACUUUAAAGGUUCUCUAGCAUAAGCAGAGAUCUGCUGUAGAAGCUGAGUAGAUCACAGGUCUACAUUUCUCAUACCAAAAGCCAACACAAGAAAACAACAGACACUUGGGAGCAGCACAUCCAUUUCAUGCCAACCCUUUAUGCUGCUGGGCUAGCUAUGGUGCAGACAAUUUAAUCCAUGUUGUGGCUAGCCAGUAUCCCCUAUCUACAGAAAGAGUAAGAUCUCCAUAGUGUUAUGCCCAGCUUGUAAAUUGGAGCACAGUUACUAGCUGGGAAUGAGUGUGCAAGUGCUGAGUUACCUGCACAGCCAGCUCUUUGCCCCGGGCCAGAUCCUGCAGCUCUUAGAUCAGGGAAGUGCUCCUAUUGACCUUAAGCUGAAGGCUGCAGGACACAGCUUUCUGUAAGCUUUCAGCUCUGUGUUGGCAAAGGGAUCCCUGUGAAGUCAUGGCACAUGCAGAGCAGUUAUGUGCUGUGAAAUAACAUUCCCUUCUGUAUCACAAGUGUAGAUGAUACCAGUAUUCAGUUAGAAGUAGGGACAGAAGGCCAGUGCACUCUGUAAUACACCAAUAUCUCUGUCCUAAGUAUUUAAAAGCUUUCUGUACUGUAAGAAAAAUCAUGCACCCACCCUGUGCAGCCUCCCAGACUUCCCAGCACCAACUACAACCCCACCUUACAAAGCACAUCCGUUUCGUUAGACAGGACUUGCAAGCAAUACUUGAGAUUUAGAAUUUUUAAAUGCUCACUGAUAAAUACCAAUUCCUGUUCUGUGUGGCUGAAGAACUUCUCUACCCAUUUCGAAUCUCUGAUGUUGUAUUAAAAAGCUGGAGGUCCUGCAGUUGGGACACAGCUGUGAAAGUUAAAGGGAGCUGACAUCAGUUGUGUUGGUUUUGUUUUGUUGUUCUUUUUUUUUUUUUUAAACAGAAGUUUCAUGGAUAUUUUGAAUCAUUAAGAAGAUCUGCUUCUUGCAGCUGAUCUGUCUUCAGAUGUUUGCUUCUUGUAGCCUUGUCUGGGGCUGUUUCAGUGACAGUACCUUAUGGUCCUAUUUUAUUGUGCAAAGCUGAUGUUUUAAGCGUUCUGUCUAGAAGAGUUGUUACAUGUUCCAGAAGUAAAUCUGGAAGUCAGAAAAAGAAAAAAAGCACUGUGAGCCAGGUUACCAGUAAUUACCAGGUAGAAGGGUUUGUUUCUUCAUGGGGAAACGCUAUUUGUAAUGUUUGCUUUUAAGGACUAACAAAAAGAUGCACAGAAAGGAGGUGUUAGGUGAGCCAUCCCCAGCCCUCAGUGCAAGAGCUGGGGUGUCUGGGUUGAGCACCCUGGGUUCUGUUAGGAUGAGAAGCAGUCCUGUAGUGCUGAGCACAGGCUCCCAUGGCUGCUGAGUCUCCAUCUGAACGAGGGACUGUGCUUUGGUUUGGGCUAUUUGGGAUUCAGGUAAUGAGAGCUGGAGGUCAAACCUCUCUCUCUGUGAAAGCCUUAACUCCCCCCCUCCUGCCCCCAGCACCUAACUUCCAUUUUGGCCUUAUCUAAUCAGGACUAUCCUGCUACGAGGGGGCUGAAAUCAGCUCCCACCAAUUCUAAAUGCCUCUGGAUUUUCCUGUGCAAAGCCACUAUCUCCCUGUAGAUACCAAGUGCCAUCCCUGGACAACCAUUCCCCACAGUGCUCCUACCCCCCAAGCCUGCCAUCUCCAGUUCCCUGUGCUGUACCAGGUGCUGAGCAUCCCCUUGGGAACAAAAGCUUUCAGCACCUUCCAAACGAGCUCCUAGAAGCGCACAUCCAUACACCAAGAUGGGUGCUGCAAACUUCCCUUAAGAGAAGAAUAUCUCUAUUGAAAGAAAGGCACGCAGCAGAAAACUUCCCCCAGCAUCACCCCAGCCUUGCACAGCCACGUGAGCACGUACUCAGGGCUGUGUGCUCCCAAAGAACAGCCUACCACCAGUGCAGGGCCACAGCUAAAUAACACGAGGUUCAGCCCCAGGCACAAAUACAGAUGAGCACUUCUCUUUUAGCUUUGGUAAACACUGCUAGGAUUCAGCAGUCAUCCCCACACCCACCCCACGCAAAGCCAUAUAGCCAACUAUGCAGUUCUGCUCUUGCACUGUGGUUAAGCUGAUGGUCCUUAGUUUUUCCAUGCCCAUUAAUUGAUUCGCAGUAAGUCAGUCAAGAUAUCUUUCCAAAAUCAUAUCAGCUAUGAAAGACAGGGCAUUGUGCAUCAGAGCAAGGAGAGGAGGUUACACCAGAUGUCCCAGGAAGGUAAGUUGGUAAUGCAGUUCUCAGCAUCCUAGCAGAUAAAUGGGAGAGAGAGCAAGGGGAUGGCAAGGCAAACAAAGAAUAAUCCAUUACAAGGCCAGCUCUGCUCAGAUAAAGUAAUUUACUGCCUAACCUCAACUCCCAGCCAAGAUGACAAGCAGCGUGAUCUAAAAUAAUUCCCCUAUACUUACCACAAGUAAGUAUACCACAGUAUCUACAUCUUCAAUCUCCACCUCCUAAGUUCUUAGCUGAGUUCUCCCUCAUGCAAUGCAAGAGUCAGGGCGCAACUCCAGCUCUGAAUUUCCACCUCAACCUUGGAGCAGUGAGUGACCCACAGGAGACCUGUGAGUAAUGAGGAGCUGACCCCUAGAAAGUCAUUUCUGAUUUUCAGAAGAGGCUUAUCAGGUGAAAUCUAUAUGCAGAAGUGACAGAACGCCCACAACUUUGUGCCUAUGUCUUUCCAGAGAUGCUCAUUUUGCGCUCAUCAUUUCAAAGGGGUUGGUAGGGAUUGUAUAAAUGGCUACACCAAACCAAAACCAACCCCAAAACACGCUGUUCCUCUUUAACCCCAGAAGGGACAGAACCUCACAUGCACUCUCCAUUCAGCAGUGGCCAGGGCAUUGCCUGAAGCGAUGCGUAGGUAGGAAAUCUGGAUGAGAAAUUGUUUCAGUUUCUUUUGUUACAGCGGCUUAGGCAUGCAACACUUUUCCCCAAACCUUGUGCUACAGAAACCCGGUAUUGAAGGCAUGGUCUGGUGUAAGCAACCAUCCAGCAGAAUACCUUUGUGUGCAGUCUUGCCUCAUCCAGUCUGUGGGGGUGGCGGGGGGUGGGGGGAGGACAGGGUUGUUUUGCUGUUCAUUUUCCUGCUGUAGAAGACUUGGUUUUUCUUUCCCUGAGCCGCAUGAGAGAAACGUCCCAGAAAGUCUUGGGUUACCUUUGGAGUUCCCUUCACUCUAAUUUAUAUAGUGUCUUUUUUUUUUUUUUUUCUAUUUUUUUUUUUUGUGAACUGGUGUAAAAUGUAUAUGCUGACAAGCUCAUGUAUUUUUAUGUAAAUAUUUUUUGUGGUUUCCCCACUGCCCUCCUCUGUAAAUAUUUAGAAUUCUCAUAUUCUUCUCACCUUGUAUGAUGCAGAUGUGGUUUUGUUUCUGUUUUUUAUUUGUACUGUAAUGCAACAAUCCAGACUGAGGUGUCUUGUGGUAUUAAGCAAAAGCAACAGUCCCACUGAGCUCACACUCAGAUGUACAACUUGACAGCAUUAAUCAAGCCAGGUUAAAAACUA